AGCAUCCAAACCCAAUAUCGACUCUUUUCAAGACAUAGCUUCUUUAUCUCGCGACCAAGAACUGAUAACUAUCUGAGGUCCCGUUCGUGGAGUAGGAGAAAAUUAAGAAGUGAAGCAUAUAUGUUGAAAUUCUUUAGUCUGCGGGGACUGCCAUGGGGGUCUAGCACAGAUGGGGAAGAAAAGGUUGAGCUAACUGCUGUAGAACUAGAAUCACUUCGAUCGGAUCUUGCUGAUUUAGAAGAGAAGGAAGCGCACUUGAAAGCUCAAUUGGAACACGUUGAUGAAAUUUUGCGAUCUGCUCGUCUCUCUGGCUAUCUGUACAUCCGAACUAGGUGGAAACCACUACCAGGGGAACCUCCCCCCCUUGAUGAUACUGACGUUGAUGACUGGCUUCCUCGCUUUGUUGUUUUGCAAGGGCCGUGCAUUUUCUUCUACCUGUUUUCCACGGAUUUGAGUCCUCAAGACUCCACCCUAUUAGCUGAUAUUGUUGAAGUAAGCCCCUUGCCCAGCUUUACACGAGACGAUGAAGGAACUCGAACUGCGUUUUGUAUCUUAACUCGUCAAGGACUGCGAUUCGAGUGCUCAAGCGCUUCUAAGGCGCAGGUGGACUCUUGGUUGUCAGCGUUACGAACGGACUGCAAAUUGGAGGGUUCAGACGCCACAGAUCCAAAGGACUUGUGAGAUGCAAAAUUAUACAGUUUAGGAGCAGCAAGUUGUAGAUAGGUAGAAAUGUAAAACCCAUACUUACAUUAGUUCAUCUGACUCUGAUGUUAUAAAAUUGGUUCAUAUUUUCUGACGUACUUACGAUAUAAGAAUUAGUAACGGAAUCUAAUUGAAGCAGCAAUGUUAUUACUGAUAUUGGAUGCCCGUAUUCUUCUUC